GAAUGAAGAAGAAAGAUAACUUUGCCUUAUCAUCUGAUACACUCUAAAUCUUCAAAUAAGAACACAUUUCAUAUUUCUCUGACAAUUUCUUGCUUCUUUGAUUUGAUUCUUUCAUGUGAUCGAUUAACGUAAGACAUUUCAUGAUACUUGAUUUUGUUUUUCCAACGAAAGGCAGUGCAUGCAUCAGCCAUUAACAUUUGACCUUCCAAAGCUAGAUGGAAAAUGACCCUUGAAGUUGAAGGUUGCUUUCUUUCAUUAUAUUUAAUGAAGGGUUAUUAAGUUCAGCUGUGGAGAGUGGAGACACAUCAUAUGCCUUUUAUGGCUACUGCUAUCAACUAGACUCUCAGAUGGUUUGUUUACUUCUGAAAAUUAAAGCACAAGGAAAAAUACAAAAGAGAAAUUAAUUUACAUAGUAUAGUUUUUGUUUUCUUGUCGUGACUUGAUAGAGAAGUAGAAGAUUUGUGUUCUAGCUAGCUCCAUUUUUUGUAUUGUGGAUAUGCAGUUCAGCUUUGGACUGAAACUCAUCCAUUCCAUAAUCAUAUUUGCCAUAUAUGCCCUUUUCCUCAUGGGAUUCUAAAAUGUGUGUUUCCAUAGUUGAUCAUAAGAGUUACGUACAGAAUUGUUAUUUGCAAUUUUUUUUUUAUUUUAAAAAUUUAUGGAUUAGUCUUUUUCUUAAAGAAAAUGAAUAUAAAACAGGAUUAAAAACUUGUAGACAAAACCUAAUUAACAUAAUUUUAAAAGUUUAGACUAGCGAUAGAUGCACGCAUGUGCCAUUCUCGGGUCCAAUUUCAAUCUUGUUUCUAUAGAAGGCCAUGCAUUUUAUAGAAAUUAUUUGUUUCUUCCCCUCUUCAUAAUUUUCUUAAUAAAACAUUUAUCAUCAUAUUUUAAACAAGAUUAUUUAAUUUAAUGAUCAUAAGCGUCCACUAUAAAUAAUGUUCAACUGUGCACUCACCUGGCAAAUCAAAGAGAGCGGCGCAAUACCUGAUCAGCAGAUUCAAGUAUAUUCUCUCUGUUUCUCUCCUUUCUCUUAAUCUCUAUUAAUAACUAAAGGGGUUUUGAUCAAAGUUUUGUGUUCAAUCUCUUUCAGGAAUGUUGAUGAUUCCAAGUGGUUUUGGCGUCAGCAGCUGCUUGAAUGCAAGCAAUAAUCUCAAUUCAAGCAGUUUCAGCAAUCUGUUUGGCUUCAGUGAUCCCUUCUCCAUCACAAUGUAUUGGCAAGAAACAACCUUCGUUGUCACGGCAAACCUGCAGGGACUGAAGACUGAAGACGUGAAGGUUGAGAUCAGAGGCAGAAAUGUCUUGCUGAUCAUUGGUGGUAGUCGUCCAAAUUGCAAAAAGAGCUGUCAAUUGCCAUACAAUGUGAAUGUGGAGAUGACCGCUACUUCCUUCAGCAAUGGCCUUCUGAUUGUCAAGGUGCCAAAGCAAAGUGAUGUACUGCAAAAGAAACAGAACCACCCCGUAGUUGCUCAUGUCACCAGAUGCCGCUUUGGCAGCUUCUUCUACUAG